GCGCAGCGGAGCCGACUCAGGAACCUCGAGGAGGACGACGUCGACAUCACCAAGGGCACGGGCAGGCAGGCCUUGGAGGAGAAGCAGGCAGCACCACAGCGCGAAUACAGGGGAAGCACGAGAAGCAUCUGCCAACGUCUGGCAGACACCGAGACGAAGCCUGGGGCGCAUUAUUUGAUCACGAAGCCGCCGGCGAGGCGCGAGGUGGAGAUCAAGGGGGAGGCCCGCGCCGCAGACCGCCCGAAAGAGAAAUAUAUCGAUACCAUGAAAGCAGCGACUUUCAGCGAGAUCUGGAGCUGCGGCGAGAUCCCGCGCGAGAAGCACACGGGCACCCUGCAGGAAUUGCGACAGCAGGCGCUCGACACAGAGUGCCCCCACUGGAGCGUCGAGGACCCCGACGAGACGCUCAAAGGCGAGCCAGACCGCGGCCGAGGUGUCGACGUGCUGAACCGCGCGGACAUCAGGAGGGUACCGUGCGAGGGCAGGCAGGCGACCGUGGACCAGUUCAACGCGUGCGAACAGCAGUUGAUGCGGCAGUGGCAGAUCCUGCGCUCGCUGGCGAUGGUGAAGCCCAUGCCAGCCAAAGGCGGCAUGGCGCUGGCAUUGCUUCCGCAGCUGGUCCGCGCGUGGGAGCCGCUCCACGGGCCCGCUGCCAGCGCGCGGGCCAAGGACCGCGAGCUGUGCCGGGGCGCCGCCGUCGCGAGCAUCAGCUUCCCGAGUGGGGCCAUGCGGGGGGCCAUUGCGGACGAGUGCUGCGACGAGAGGAGGCCGAAUGAGCUCUACGAGAAGACCCAAGGAGACGCUUGGAGCAACGCGAGAUUGGCGGCGGAGACGGCUCAGGCGGCGAGCAUAGCAGCGGCGACGGAUGCUGGAGAUGUGGCUUUGAGCGCGGGCAACGCGAAUUCCCGCCAGGUAGCAGGCAGACCAACGGCAGGGAUGGGGCCGUACUUCUGGACGGACACCGAGACCACGCGCAUCAAAUGGCAGAUGCAGAGCGACCAGCAGGAGCCGCAGACAGGCACGAGGUGGACUUGUAGCCGCUGGAGCCAGUCGGGCAACGGGCGCGCGGACAAGAAGGUGAAGCACACGGACAACCCGAUGAAGAAGCACAGCAAG